AUGGAGCAGGAGUUGUUGGAGCAAUCCACCCUGUUAAAUUCGAGGGAAUACUUUGCCGCGUGGGAGCAACGAUGCGACGAGUUUAUCGCAUCGUUGGAAGAACAAAGCCGAAUUAAACGGCCACGAUUAUCAAUCGAUCAGUCAUCGAUCGGUCUCAAACAGUCAUUGGUCGCUUGUAUCGCAAGACUCGAAGGUUUGAAAGACUCGAUGGACAGACACGUAAAUCUGCUGUAUGUGCAUAACGACAACGUGGGACAUUUUGCGUGGAUCAAGAACCUGUCCCGCCUCGUGAGCUCGCAAAUCAACCGACACUAUGGUCGGAAAUACUUUUGCGAUCGAUGUUUGCACUACUUCAGCUCCAACGAGAAAUUGGCUGCCCACACCGUCGACUGUCAGGAGAUGAAUGACUGCGCGAUCAAGUUACCGAGCGAUAACGACAAGUGGUUGGCCUUUAAAAAUCACAACAGGAAAGAACGAGUUCCGUUUGUCGUAUACGCCGACCUGGAGUGUACCCUGGAGAAGAUGGAAGCGGAUCCGGAAACGUCCAGGUACACAUAUCAACAUCAUCGCGUGUUUAGCAUAGGGUACUACGUGCGUUGCUCGUACGACGAGUCGUUAUCUAUGUAUCGGUUUUGUCGCGAUAAAGAUUGCGUCGCGUGGUUCGCCGAGGAGCUAAGACGUUUAGCUCACGACGUAAAAACUAUAUUGUCCACUAAUAUACCCAUGGCAGAUUUCACGCGAGACGAGUGGGAAAAGUUUAACAGCGCAACGCACUGUCACGUGUGUAAAGAACCGCUCGAGCCAGACGACGUGCGA